CCGCCUCCUUCUCACCCUUCUUCCACACUCCAGUCUGGACGUUGGCAGACAUGAAGCUGACGGACAGGAUCGCACAAUAUGAUCCCAACAGGCUCUUCUACACGUUCGAGUUCUUCCCGCCGAAGACGGAUCAGGGUUUCGAGAACCUAGUAUCCCGUAUUGCGCGCAUGGUUGCGCUGAAUCCGCUUUCUGUCAGUGUCACUUGGGGUGCCGGUGGGACGACCAAAGACCGCUCGCUCGACCUAGCGGGCUUGACACAGCUUGAGCAUGGCAUCGAUACAACACUUCAUCUGACAUGCACGAACAUGGUCCAAGGAAGUGUGGACGCGGCGUUAAGGGAAGCCAAGGAACGGGGGAUCGAGAACAUCCUUGCGCUUCGUGGAGACCCGCCUAGAGGCUCAGAGCACUGGAUCCCUACGGACUCGCGCUUCCAACACGGUGUCGAUCUGGUGCGAUACAUCAAGUCAACGCCUGAGUUUGCGCAUUUCUGCGUCGGCGUGGCAGCAUACCCCGAUGGGCACCCUGACAGGGACACGACGGAAGACCGUGAGCUCGAUCACUUGAAGGAAAAGGUCAAUGCUGGUGCCGAAUUCAUCAUAACGCAACUCUUCUACGACGUCAAUGGUUUCCUCCAAUGGGUCAAGAAGGUCCGCGAGAAAGGCAUCACCGUGCCAAUUAUCCCUGGUAUAAUGCCUAUACAAACAUACGCCUCUUUCCUCCGCAUGACGAAACUCUGUGCGACUAGCGUCCCACCGAAAAUGAUGUCCGACCUCGUUCCCAUCCGCCAUGAUGAUCAAAAAGUAAAGGACUAUGGCGUGAGGCUAGCCGUAGACAUGAUUCGGCAAUUGCAAGCGGGAGGGAUCCAAGGCGUGCACUUUUGCACCCUCAACCUCGAGAAGAGCAUCAUCCGCAUCCUGGAGGCUUUAGGUCUUGCGGGAGAUGUCUCACAUUCAAGCAACAAGCUCAUUGCUGAUGACGCAGUCCCGCCAGAACGAACCGUGACGCCGCACACUGCAGCGGACAGGGCGACCAAGGAGCUGGCGACCUCUGUCCCUGAACCUGACGCAAGCAAGGGCGAAAUCAAUAGCGCCGCGGACUGGGACGACUUCCCGAACGGCCGUUUCGGCGACUUCAAGAGUCCAGCGUAUGGCGAGACGGACCGGUGGGGAAGUUCGGCGCUGCAAAGCAAGGCCGCGACGACUCCGGUAUCCCACUGGGGUAACCCGAAGACCGUCAACGAUCUGACUUCGCUCUUCCUUCGCUAUCUCCAUUCCAAGAUUGCGACGACGCCGUUUUCGUGUACGCCUUUGUCACCGGAGUCUUUGAUGAUCUUCCCUCACCUGGAGAAGCUUACUUCGAAGGGCUGGUGGACCGUGGGCUCGCAGCCGGCGAUCAACGGCGCACCUUCGACUGACGAGGUCGUCGGCUGGGGACCUCGGGGCGGAUACGUGUACCAGAAGUGCUUCGUCGAAUUCUUUGUCGCGGAGCAGGAUGUGAACAGAAUCGCGAGGAAAGUCGACAGCGAGGGUGCAGGUUGGAUUAGCUAUUUCGCGGGAACUGCGAAGGGCGACGUUCUGACGAAUGUACCGGAGGGCGGUCGCAACGCAGUCACAUGGGGCGUUUUCCCUGGACAGGAGAUCGCGCAAACGACCAUCAUCGAGAAGGAGUCGUUCCUGUCGUGGAAGGACGAGGCGUUCUCGAUAUGGGACGAAUGGGCGUCCUUCUACCCUCCGGAGUCCCAGGAGCGUCGCCUGUUAGAGGAUGUUCGUGAUAAGCGCUGGCUUGUCAGCCUCGUUCACCACGACUACAUGGACCCCAACGCGUUAUGGACUUUCUUGUUCAAAGGCGCGACACCUUUGCUAUAAUUCUUCUCGUCCAAAUAUUGUAGGCGGGUUUGUCAUCGCAUUAUAGGCAUAAGCAUAUCGGCAAUUGUAUCUAUACUCGGCGCAUCUUGUGUAGUACCUUCGUUUAAGCUCAGUGUUGUCCCUCCGAAGGCGAUC